AUGCUCAUAUUGCUAGUGAUUUGUUCUAUCAUAGUGUCUACAUAUUGUUCUCUCUAUGAUGGUGGAAACUACUACGAAUUUGGAGAUGAGAAAAAAGCUGACUGUAUUCUAGCACAAGACAUGGGAACCUACACUUAUUUGGGAAACCGCGACCACACUAUCAGAGGGGAACAUUGCCUCGAAUGGAAGACCGUCUAUGACAGCAUCAUCAAAAGUCUCGAUGAGAAGCCUGAUGAAUUACAAGAAUACCAAACAAAGACUGCGGUAGCUGAAGAAUUUAUGCCGCACAACAAAUGUCGCCGUCUGAGUCUUCCUGCUAAUCAUCCUAUGAAACACCUUAUGAAGUCAACCAACAUCGGCCCAUGGUGCUAUGUGCAAAGAAAUAAGAACAUUGCAAUAGAAAAAUGCUUCUUACCAUGCAGAGGUGAACCGCGUGAAGAAAAAGCUUCUCCAGAUAAAACACAGUAUGGGGCUAAGGAAGUGCUCAAAAACUAUAACGAUUUGUUGAUUGAGAAUAUACGCAAGUACUAUAAGUCAUAUCAUUGGGGCGAAAGCAGUUAUUAUCGCUGGAAACCAUCAGAUAGCGCGUUUUCAGCAGAGUAUUUCAGGAUCAGAGAACAGGUUAUAGCAUUUUUUAAGCUCUGA